GGGAUGACGCGGGGAAUAGAGAGGGAAUAUAGAUGGCUAUAAAACCCCCAUCCCGAAUAUCUCUCGUCAGCGCUGGUGGUCUUCUGUCAUCUCUUCACGUCCAGACAAUCCAUCGUUCGUUCCGGCCUUGCAUAUUUCCUGCGCUAAGAUCUACUACAGCUACAUACUUUACGGUCUAUACAUCAAUCCAUUCCUUGUACCAUGUCGUCGGACCUCAAGCCUCUCCGCAUCGUCCUGGCCUGCGAUGACGCCGGAGUCCCCUACAAGGAGACCAUCAAGGCCCUCUUCGAGAAGCACCCGCUCGUCGAGUCCGUUACCGACGUUGGCGUCGCCAGUGCUGAUGACAAGACCGCCUAUCCUCACCCAGCCGUCACUGGGGCCAAGCUCAUCGCCGAAGGCAAGGCUGACCGCGGCCUCUUCAUCUGUGGCACUGGCCUCGGGGUCGCCAUCGCCGCCAACAAGGUGCCUGGCAUCCGCGCCGUCACUGCCCACGAUCCCUUCUCCGUUGAGCGCUCCAUCCUGAGCAACGACGCCCAGGUGCUGUGCUUCGGCCAGCGCGUCAUCGGGAUCGAGCUGGCCAAAAAGCUGGCCACCGAAUGGCUCACCUACCGCUUUGAUCCCAAGAGCAGCUCUGCCGCCAAGGUCCAGGCCAUCAGUGACUACGAGACCAAGCUGAAGCUUGUCAACGGCCACUAGAAACAAAGUCUAUCUUUCUUAUGACAUGUCUACCAGCGCUUGCUUUCAGGAAUCAAGGAUCAAUGACGAAUUGAACCCAAUCCCGCUUAUAGGGUGUCACGCGCAGGGUGCGUGGAGACGAUUUCUUUCUCUUUAUGAAGAGACAGAUCGAACUAUAUAUGAGU